UGCCUCCUAUUCUGUCGAGUUGUGACCUCUACCAACUGCAGGAGUCAUAGGAAGGAUGCUGGGGGACCCAAGAAACCUAGAAAUGAACUCAGUGGCCAUUGAGGAUGUGGCUGUGAAUUUCACCCCAGAGGAGUGGGCUGUACUGGAUCCUUCACAGAAGAAACUCUACAGAGAUGUGAUCUGGGAAACUUGCAGGAACCUGGCCUCAGUAGGAAAAACAUGAGAAGAUCAUGAAAUUGAAGUAGUAAAAAACCAGGGGAGAAAACUAAGAAGUCGUAUAGUAAAGAGACUCUGUGAAAGUGAAGAGGGUAGUCAAUGUGGAGAAAACGUCAUCCAUUUUCCAAAUCUCAAUCUGAACAAGAAAACUACUGGAGUGAAACCACAUGAGUGCAGUGCAUGUGGAAGAGUCUUCAUGCAUCAUUCAUCCCUUAAUAUGCACGUUAGAUGUCACACUGGACACAAACCAUAUGACUAUCAAAAAGUUGGAGAGAAGCAGUAUAAAUGUAAAGAAUGUGGGAAAGCAUUUAUAAAUCCCUCAAGGCCUCGAUCAUGCAUGAUCUUUCACACUGGAGGUGGACCUUAUAAAUGUAAGGAAUGUGACAAAGUAUUUAUUUCUCCCAGUGCAUUUUGAAUACAUGAAAGGAGUCACACUGGAGAGAAACCCUAUGAACGUAAAAAAUGUAGCAAAGCACUUAGUUUUCCCAGUUCACUUCAAAGACAUGAAAGAAGUCACACUGGAGAGAAAGCCUAUGAAUAUGCUCCUUAUAAAUGCAAAGAAUGUGAGAAAGGCUUCAAUUGUUCUAGUUCACUUCAAGUACAUGAAAGAACUCACACUGGAGAGAAACCCUAUGAAUGUGCAAAAUGUACUAAAACAUUCAGUUGUCCCAGUUCUCUUCAAAGACAUGAAAAAACUCAUACUGGAAAGAAACCCUAUGAAUGUAAGGAAUGUGGGAAAGCCUACAGAUAUUAUACUUCCUUACAAACACAUGAAAGGACUCACACAGGAGAGAAACCCUACAAAUGUAAGCAAUGUGGUAAAGCGUUCAUUUCUCAUCUAGGCUUCCAAAUACAUGAAAGAAAUCAUAAUGGAGAGAAACAGUAUGAAUGCAAAAAAUGCAGUAAAGCAUUCAGUUGUCCCAGUUCUCUUCAAAAACAUGAAAAAAAUCACACUGGAGAAAAACCCUAUGAAUGUAGAAAAUGCAGUAAGGCAUUCAGUUUUCCCAGUUCCCUUCAAGUACAUGAAAGAACUCAUACUGGAGAGAAACCUUACAAAUGUAAGGAAUGUGGGAAAGCCUUUACUGCUCUCUCAAGCCUUCGAGCACACAUGAUCUCUCACACUGGAGAUGGACCUUAUAAAUGUAAGGAAUGUGAGAAAGCAUUCAUUUCUCCCAGUGCAUUUCAAAUACACCAAAGGAUUCACACUGGAGAGAAACCCUAUGAAUGUAAACAGUGUGGUAAAGCCUUUAGUUAUAUCACUUCCUUCCAAAUACACAAAAGAACUCACACAGGAGAGAAACCCUAUGAAUGUAAAGAAUGUGGGAAAGCCUUUAGUGUUGCAACUUCACUUAGAAUACAUGAAAAAACUCACAGUAUAGAGAAACCUUAUCACUGUAAACAAUGUGGAAAAGCCUUUAGAUAUCAUCACAAUUUUCAAAGACAUGAAAGGAGUCACAUAGGAGAGAAACUCUAUGAAUGUAAGCAGUGUAGUAAAACUUUCAGUUAUUACAAUUCCUUCCAAAUACGUAAAAGAAGUCACACCGGAGAGGAACCAUGUGAAUGUGAAACAUGUACUACAGCAUUCACUUGUCCUGGUUCUCUUCAAAAACAUGAAAGAAGUCAUACUCGAGAGAAAACUCAUGAAUGUAAGGAAUGUGGGAAAACCUUCAUUUGUCACACAAACUUUCAAAGACACGUGAGAGUGCACACUGGAGAGAAACCAUAUAAAUGUGUGGAAUGUGGGAAAGCUUUCUGUGAUUCCAGUUCUUUCCGAAGGCAUGAAAGGACUCACUGGAUAAAACCUCUUGAAGGUAAACAGUGUGGGAAGGGCUUCAAUUGGCCCACUUCCUAAAAUGUGAAAACUCCCACCAAAAAGAAAUAUAA